GGCAGCCGAACCAGUUUACAUGAAACCACCCUGACGGAAGAGGGUGCAAAGCGACUUGAUCCUUUCCCAGUUUUGGCCUUCGGCGUUGCAAAAGUUGUGCCGUCGACCAAUGAGUGAAGUGAUUGUGACUGAUGAGUGACUGUAUCCGACGCUUCGCUCAACUCUGAAAACCGCCUCAAAAUGUACUCGCCAGAUAAAAUGAUGGGCGCAAAAGGACCCACUGGUCUGCACGGCCCAAUCACAUCGUCGGGUGCCUGUUUUGCUGGCCGCUAUUCGCCGACUUACCGAAGCCCGGAACCGAUGCCACGCAGAUGCAUGCCGAACCCAUCGAGUCGCAUACUAGAGGACGCAUCGAUAAUGUGCAACUCGUGGUCGCCCAGACACAAUGGGGACAUUUUUUCCGGCCUCAAUGACGGUCUGAUCAGUCGAGCCGAAGCCUUGGCGGCCGUCGACAUUAAGCAUCAAGGCUCAGGAGGACCAGGCGGCCUUCCUCAGCUCAAGCAUGACAUGAUGUAUCACCACAGCAUGACGGCACCACCCCCGAUGGGUCACAUGGACGGGCUGGAAAUGCUGGACCCCAUUUCGUCCUCAUCGAUGACGACAUUGACCCCCAUGUCCGAGACGCCCACGCACAUGCACUCCGCCUAUGGAACCAACCAUUUUAUGAACCAUCACCACCAUGGUGGCCCCCUUUCAGGACACGGCGCUCCAGAUGUCAAUUAUUAUGCACUAGGCCACCAUCCGGGCCAUGGGGGCCAUCCAGGGGCGCACCAUUCGUCCGCAAUGGCGGCCGCCGCUGCAGCCGCCGCCGUUGCCGGACUCCAUCCAGACGCCGACACUGAUCCCAGGGAAUUGGAGGCUUUUGCGGAAAGAUUCAAGCAGCGACGGAUCAAGCUGGGAGUAACGCAGGCGGACGUGGGCAAAGCGCUGGCGAACUUGAAACUUCCCGGUGUGGGCGCCCUCUCGCAGUCGACGAUUUGCAGGUUCGAGUCGCUCACACUGUCCCACAACAACAUGAUCGCCCUCAAGCCGAUCCUGCAGGCAUGGCUGGAGGAGGCGGAAGCCCAGGCGAAGAACAAGCGACGUGAUCCGGACGCGCCCAGUGUGCUUCCGGCCGGUGAAAAAAAGCGGAAGCGGACCUCAAUUGCGGCGCCGGAAAAGCGCAGCCUGGAGGCGUACUUUGCGGUACAGCCGCGGCCGAGUGGCGAGAAAAUCGCCGCGAUCGCGGAAAAGCUCGACUUGAAAAAGAACGUGGUACGCGUGUGGUUCUGCAAUCAGCGACAGAAGCAGAAACGGAUGAAAUUCGCCGCGCAACACUGACCGGAAGUGAACUUCGGGUUUUAGGGCAGUUCCGGACAGUGUCUCGAUUCGAUUUCGGACCCGUUUUGAUCAGCGACAAACGCGAAGUGUUCAAUUUGAACUAUCCAUGUAUAAACCGAUGCACACUGCUUGAGAGAUCAGAGCUCGUUCAUCUGGGCGCUUUCUGCAGAAGAAGAGUGAAUCAACGGUGAAACGGCCCGGCUCCAGAGAAGAUUGGAGGUUCGUUGUGUAAAUUGACAAGCACGGUAUAAAAUAGUGUUUACCCUGUGUUGUGCUGUGAUAUAUUGGCCAAAGCUCUCUUAAAUUAUUGAUAACCUUCUGCUGCUUGCCACAUCGAUCUUCUCUGGCCGGUCGCUCCUUGUUUGAGGCUCGACCAAGCUAACAGUGGUUUCGACCAACAGUCCGUAGUCGCUGUACAUUUCUUAUUAUAUAGUACAAUUUUUAUACAAAACAAGGUCUCAUGAAAACGAAUUUUCUGUACAUAGCAGAUGCCCACGGGCGUUGUUCUGUUCUUUAAACCAAACCUAGUCAGUCAGCUAAGUCAGUAUUAUUGAAGCUCAGUUCGGUUUCGUUCUACGUUGAAAGUGCAAUAAUAUAUAGUGUUUAGAUAAUGUAAUAGCUUAAGAAUUAAGUACCUUGACUCAUGUGAAUAGCUUUGUACAUAGACCCUUUGUUAUGUAGUUACUGCAUUAGAAGCAAUAAUAAGUUAACUCUAAGCGAUAGCGUACAUCCCUACGUUCUUGAACAAGCUCACAAUUCCUCUACAGGGUAACCGAAACAUAUCACUUUAGCCAAAGAUUUACAUUUAUCGAUGAUGAUGAUGAUUCUCUGCGAGGAAAUGUUGCUGAUUGAACGCAGCCACAUUUACCAAGCGACUUUCUGUACAUAAGCAAUCUUGUACAUAGUGUCCCAUACGAUUUUCUAUAUUAUAACGAUUAUUUUGCCUAGGUACCAAAUAGUACUCAAGUCUAGUCAUUGUGUUCCUUAUUCCUUGUAUUCCUCGUUACGUUUGUUCCUUUCAUACUUUUAAUUAUAUAAUGUUUUGUUUGUUUUUUGGUACUGGUGUAACAUAUUUCAUUGGAAUGCGUAUUAAUAAAGUCCAGUUCAAUUCUA